AUGCCGCCGAAGAAAGGUACCGUAGCUAAGCCUUCUACUUUAGAGGCCACUAGCAAAUCCCGUCGCAGAUCUCAUCGCAUUAGCCUCAGUAGCAAGAAGAGUACAUACUUUGAGGAUAAUGACAACUCAGAUGAAGAGCUACCACCUCGUAAAAUUGUGAAGACUGGCGCUAAGGGGAAACUCUCUAGACGUGGAAAGGCUACAGUAGAAGAAUCGGAUGACGAAUUACAGUAUGAAGAUGUCAAAAAUAUAUCUGAGGAUGAUGACCAAGAUGCCGCGUUUGCUGAGGACAACUCUGAAAGUGAAGCGGAACAGCCUGUGGCACAGAGGCGAGGUCGUGGAAGACCCCCGAAAACCCAGACCGAGACUACAAAGAAGUCUAGUAAAAAGAGCCAGGAUCUAGAAAGGACAAAGGCCACGGCAAAAGCUCAGAGUAAAACCAAGAGGGAAAAAGAGGCCGACUACGAAGAGCCAGUAGUGGAUAAAGAUAGCGAUGACGAUGAUGAUGACGAUGACGAUGACGAAAACCGCAUUACUUUCAUUCCAGCAAUCCAGUUAAGAGACACUGAUGGUGUCGAAUAUGAGGAUACCCGACUCCAUAAAAACACUUUCUUAUUCCUAGAAGAUCUCAAAGCCAACAACCAACGGAGUUGGCUUAAAUCGCACGAUGGGGAAUAUAGAAGGUCCUUCAAAGAUUGGGAAUCAUUCGUUGAGACUCUCACGGAAAAGAUCAUCGAGGCAGACGAGACUAUUCCGUGGUUGCCGGUGAAAGAUGUCAUCUUCCGGAUAUACCGAGACGUCCGAUUUAGUAAAGAUCAAACUCCGUAUAAGCCCCACUACUCUGCGGCAUGGUCACGGACUGGUCGAAAGGGCCCAUACGCUUGCUAUUACGUGCAUGUCGAACCCGGCCGGUGUCUAGUAGGCGGAGGCGUAUGGCAUCCAGAGGCCGACGCGUUAGCCCGAUUGCGCGCGAGCGUCGACGAGCGCCCCCAUCGUAUAAGUCGAGUCUUAACGAACCCUACGUUCCGAAAGACAUUUCUACCCGAGGCAAAGUCCGGCAACGAAAAAUCUGUGAUAGCAGCGUUCGCGGCGAAGAAUCAGGAUAAUGCGCUCAAGACGAAACCAAAGGUAGUAUGCUCACCAAAGCAGGGCUUCCACCCGGACCAUAAGUACAUAGAGCUUCUCAAGCUGCGGAACUACACUAUCAGCACGCAGAUCGACGAGUCGGACCUUCUCGCCGACGACGCGCAGGAGAACGUUAUGAGUGUCAUUUCCGCCAUGGUCGAAUUUGUUACGUUUCUCAAUAGCGUCGUUAGGCCGGAUCCCAACGCCGAGAGCGAUUCCGAUGAGGCCGACGGCGGGACGGAAGAGCAGGAAGAUGACGAGGGAGAUGAUGAAGAAGAAUAG